AUUCAUUUUUUUUUUUCUUCAGUUCCUUUGUCUAUCUUAUUGAAUUAUCAACGUUAUCAAUGUUAGGAGUUACUCCACCUUUAUCUGAUGCUCCUUCUUCUUCUCAUGAUAUCAAAUUAUUAGAUAGCCUUAUUACGGUGUUGAAAGAACAAAAUGCUUUUGAACUUCCCGAAAAGACUCGUUUAAGAGAAUCUGUUUUAAAUAUCUUGGAUGAACUUACAAAACAACUGGUUUAUCAAAUUAGCUGUGACAAUGGCAGGAGUCCCACUGAAGCUAGCAGAGUGAAUUCAAAAGUGUUGACGUACGGUAGUUAUCGUCUAGGUGUACAUGCUGAAGAUGCUGAUAUUGAUACGUUAUGUGUUUUACCUCGAGAUAUUACAAGAGAUCAUUUCUUUGAACGAAUGUACCUUGCCUUGAAGGAACAAUCUGGUGUGGAAAGUCUCAACGCUGUGGAAGAUGCUUAUGUACCUGUAAUAAAAUUCAAGUUUCAUAGUAUACCGAUCGACUUAAUAUGCACUAUAUUACCAUUAUCUACGAUACCUGAAGAUUUGAAUGUCAAUAACCCAUUUCUAUUGAAACAUAUGGAUCAACGUUGUAUACGCAGUUUGAAUGGUACUCGUGUGGCUGAUGAAUUACUUAGUUUGGUACCUGAUGUGGAUACUUUCCGAUUAUCUUUACGAUGCAUCAAAUUAUGGGCAACAAAACGGGCAAUUUACUCUAAUAUUAUUGGUUUCUUGGGCGGUGUAGCUUGGGCAAUUCUUGUAGCACGUGUAUGUCAACUCUAUCCAAAGGCUUGUGCAAGUACUAUAGUAAGCAAAUUUUUUCGUAUUAUCAGUAAUUGGAAUUGGCCUAGUCCUGUUUUAUUGAAAACCGUCGAAGAAGGUAGUCCUCUUGACAAAUUAAAACCAUGGAAUCCAAGAUUAUCAAUGAAUGACCGAGAACACAAGAUGCCAAUCAUUACUCCAAGUUUUCCAAGUAUGUGUGCAAGUCAUAAUGUUACCCAAUCAACAAUGAAGAUUAUCAUAGGUGAAAUGAAAUUAGCUGCUGAUAUUGUGGAUAAAGUGAUGAUUGGUUCUACCUCAUGGGAUCAACUUUUUACAGAGAACGUCUUUUUUCGAAGAUAUGGGCAUUAUAUUCAAGUCGUAGUCAGCUCAGAUAUUCAUGAGUCACUGAUACAAGGUGCCGGAUUAGUGGAAUCAAGACUUCGACAACUUUUGACAAAAUUAGAAAGUUCACCAUAUAUUGCAUUGGUACACCCAUUUAUAGAUGGCAUUGAAGACAAACGAAGAUGUACAAAUCGAAAAGAUGUAAGAGAAUUCAUUGGUGCCACAAAACCACGAAACAGUACAGAUGACCUGGAACCAUUUGAACAAACAAUUUACACCAAAACAUUUUAUAUUGGAUUAUAUACUCGAACUGAAAUAUCAUCAACAUCACCAUCCGUUAGUAUUGAUUUGACAAUGGAAAUGAAUAGCUUCAAAUAUGGCUUACAACAUCAUCCAUCAUUUGACAAAGAGCAUACAAGAAUCAACCUGCGAUAUCUGAAUAGAUCCAAUUUGCCUCAGGAAUUGAUUUCAACUGGAUCGGCAACAAUGAAACGCGCAUAUCAAGAAACCGAGAUACCCGACGUUACUAGUAGUAGUUCAAAUAUUAAUGGCAAAAACAGCGAUCAUGGAAACAACAAUAAGAAACAUCGGACACUCAGCAAUAUAAACGAUCUCUCAUCCUCAACACUUCCUGAUAUGAACAAGACAUUACCUCUUCCAUCAACCUAGUGGCAGAACCUUUUUUUUUUUUGUUAUUGUUUGGAGCAAAAACAAAAGGGAAAAAAAAAGAAAAGAAAAAAAAGGAACUGAUAUUUGUUUGUUUUUAUUCUUUCUUUUGUUCCAUAUUUGUUUUUUUUUUCUUUGUGUAUAUAGGUCUUUUGGUAGGUGGGAUGGAUGGAUUUUGGGUUUUGAUGAAUUGAUUCCCAUGGAUUAUAUUAUCUUGGCCCCCUUCUAUUGUUAGAUAUAGUUUUAUUGUCCCUAUUAUAGGAAUAGGAUAGUGAUAUUAGAUUAGAUUAUCAAUAAAAUUAAAAA